UAUACUAUCUACCCUAAAGACACUCGCUCCUGUGCAGUGUCAUCCUACACACCAACAUCAGCGUUUACCAAACCCACCCAAGCCACCAUCCAUAUCAAAAGGACUCUUACUGCGGACGACAACUACACAUCCGUCACGAUGCCUUCGCAUCAACCCACCGCCGGCAUGAUGGCCGUCGACCCCACCAAGCUCUCCAGCAUGCCGUCGGCAGCAUCCAAGCCCGCACCUGAAGAGCCAGUGAGGAACCAGAAGUAUGACCCGAAGAAGCCUCACAUCACCGAGACUCCUUUGACGAGGAAGAACUGGUACAAGCACGUCAACUGGCUGAACGUGGUCCUGAUCGUUGGCAUACCCAUCUCCGGCUGCAUUGCUGCUCUCUGGACGCCACUCACUCUUCCCACUGCAAUCUUUGCCGUGCUUUACUAUUUCGCCACUGGCCUCGGCAUUACGGCUGGAUACCACAGGCUAUGGGCUCACACGUCCUACUCUGCUACUCUGCCGCUCAAGAUCUUCCUGGCUGCCGUGGGUGGCGGUGCCGUCGAGGGCUCAAUCAGAUGGUGGGCGCGGGACCACCGUGCGCACCAUCGCUACACCGACACCGACAAGGACCCGUACAGCGUCCGCAAGGGCUUGCUCUACUCUCACCUUGGCUGGAUGAUCAUGAAGCAGAACCCGAAGCGCAUUGGCCGCACGGACAUCUCCGACCUCAACGACGACAAGGUCGUGCAGUGGCAGCACAAGAACUACCUCAAGGUCGUGCUCUUCAUGGGUCUGAUCUUCCCAUCGCUCGUCGCCGGUCUCUGCUGGGGCGACUGGAUGGGCGGGUUCAUCUACGCCGGCAUCCUCCGCAUCUUCUUCGUCCAGCAGGCCACCUUCUGUGUUAACUCACUCGCUCACUGGCUCGGCGACCAACCCUUCGACGACCGCAACAGCCCGCGUGACCACGUCAUCACUGCCCUUGUCACUCUGGGCGAAGGCUACCACAACUUCCACCACGAGUUCCCAUCUGACUACCGCAACGCCAUCGAAUGGCACCAGUACGACCCGACCAAGUGGUCCAUCUGGGCCUGGAAGCAGAUGGGUCUCGCCUACGAUCUCAAGCAGUUCCGCUCCAACGAAAUCGAGAAGGGCCGCAUUCAGCAACAGCAGAAGAAGCUCGACCAAAAGCGCUCCAAGCUUGACUGGGGCGUCCCGCUCGAGCAACUACCAGUCAUGGAGUGGGACGAAUUUAUCGACCAAGCCAACAACGGCCGCGGACUGAUUGCUGUCGCCGGAAUUGUGCACGAUGUCACCGACUUCAUCAACGACCACCCAGGUGGGAAAGCCAUGAUCAAGAGCGGUCUCGGCAAGGACGCCACCGCCAUGUUCAACGGCGGUGUCUACAACCACAGCAACGCCGCACACAACCUGCUCUCGACCAUGAGAGUCGGCGUGAUUCGUGGUGGUAUGGAGGUCGAGAUUUGGAAGCGGGCGCACACCGAGAACAAGGGUGCCGAUUCCAUGGUCAUCAAGGACAGCAACGGCAGCCGAGUGGUGCGUGCUGGUGAGCAAGUGACGAAGGUCUACGACCCUCCGGCCAGCGCUGGCGCGGCAUGAUCGUGUGACUGGAUCGAGAACGGCGAGUUUGUUUACUUCCGCGCGUUCUAGCGACUAUAGACGGCCGAGGUGGUGUUUGGAGGCUGUCUUGAGCGGCUAAUUCUUACGCUCGCUUGUGCUCGUAGAUGAGCGUUUCAAGAUUUGAUCUAUGCUAUCAUUAUAGCUAGCCCGACCAACAAUAACAUUUUCUCUAUCGUUCAACUACAUGGUUCAUUUUACCAAUGGUCCUUGCUUCCUUAUAUG